CGGCGGAGUCGGGGAGUCGUCGUCGUCGUCGGGAGCCGCGUCGGGCGACGCCGAGAACGAGCGCGUCAGGCUCCGCGGCCGCCACUCGGUCGGUGUGCUGAAUGAAGCGCCCGCCCCGCUGAGCCCCGAGCCCGGCGCCUUCCCCCCGCAAAGAUGGACGGUUUCGCCGGCAGCCUCGAUGAUAGCAUUUCUGCUGCAAGUACUUCUGAUGUUCAGGAUCGCCUCUCAGCUCUUGAGUCACGAGUUCAACAACAGGAAGAUGAAAUCACUGUGCUAAAGGCAGCUUUGGCUGAUGUUUUGAGGCGUCUUGCAAUCUCUGAAGAUCAUGUAGCCUCAGUGAAGAAGUCUGUGCCAAAUAAAGGCCAACCAAGCCUUCGAGAAGCUAUUUCCAUGUCCUGUAUAACCAAUGGAAGUGGUAUAAACAGAAAACAGAAUCACACCAGCUCUGUAUCAAUAGCAAGAAAAGAAACUCUUUCAUCUGCUGCUAAAAGUGGUACAGAAAAAAAGAAAGACAAGCCACAAGGACAGAGGGAAAAAAGAGAGGAGUCUCAUUCUAAUGAUCAGAGCCCACAAAUGCGAGCAUCACCUUCUCCCCAGCCCUCUUCACAGCCUCUCCAAAUAAACAGACAAACUCCAGAGAGCAAGAGCUCCGCUCCCACCAAAAGCAUAAAACGUCCACCAACAGCUGAAAAGUCACAUAACUCAUGGGAAAAUUCAGAUGAUAGUCGUAAUAAGUUAUUGAAAACCGUUUCAACAUCAAAACUAAUAUCAAAGGUUAUAAAAAGUGCAGACAAACAUAAAGAUGUCAUCAUCAAUCAAGCAAAAAUGUCAACCCGUGAAAAAAACAGCCAAGAAGGAGAAUAUAUUAAAAUGUUUAUGCGAGGUCGGCCGAUUACCAUGUUCAUCCCUUCGGAUGUUGACAACUAUGACGACAUCCGAACAGAGCUGCCUCCGGAGAAGCUCAAACUGGAGUGGGCAUACGGUUACCGAGGAAAGGACUGUCGAGCAAAUGUGUACCUGCUUCCUACGGGGGAGAUAGUUUAUUUCAUUGCAUCAGUAGUGGUACUAUUUAAUUACGAGGAAAGGACUCAGCGACACUACCUGGGUCAUACAGACUGUGUGAAAUGCCUGGCUAUACAUCCUGACAAGAUUAGGAUCGCGACUGGACAGAUAGCUGGAGUGGACAAGGAUGGAAGGCCUCUGCAACCCCAUGUCAGGGUGUGGGAUUCAGUAAGCCUUUCCACACUGCAUGUCAUUGGACUUGGAACUUUUGAGCGUGGAGUAGGAUGCCUGGAUUUUUCAAAAGCAGAUUCAGGUGCUCAUUUAUGCGUUAUUGAUGACUCCAAUGAACAUAUGCUUACUGUAUGGGACUGGCAGAAAAAAUCAAAAGUAGCAGAGAUAAAGACAACAAAUGAAGUUGUUUUGGCUGUGGAAUUCCACCCAACAGAUGCAAAUACUAUAAUAACAUGUGGUAAAUCUCAUAUUUUUUUCUGGACCUGGAGUGGCAAUUCACUAACAAGAAAACAGGGAAUUUUUGGGAAAUAUGAAAAACCAAAAUUCGUUCAAUGUUUAGCAUUCUUGGGGAAUGGAGAUGUCCUCACUGGAGACUCAGGUGGAAUCCUGCUUAUCUGGAGCAAAACUACCGUAGAGCCCCCACCUGGGAAAGGACCUAAAGGUGUCUAUCAGAUCAACAGACAAAUCAAAGCUCACGAUGGCAGUGUGUUUACACUUUGUCAGAUGCGAAACGGGAUGCUAUUAACUGGAGGAGGGAAAGACAGAAAAAUAAUUCUGUGGGAUCAUGAUCUGAACCCUGAGAGAGAAAUCGAGGUUCCUGAUCAGUACGGCACAAUUAGGGCUGUUGCCGAAGGAAAGGCAGAACAAUUUUUAGUAGGUACAUCACGAAACUUCAUUUUACGGGGCACAUUUAAUGAUGGCUUCCAAAUAGAAGUGCAGGGUCAUACAGAUGAACUCUGGGGCCUUGCAACACAUCCCUUCAAAGACUUGCUCUUGACAUGUGCUCAGGACAGGCAGGUGUGCAUGUGGAACUCGGUGGAGCACAGGCUGGAAUGGACCAGGCUUGUGGACGAACCAGGACACUGUGCAGAUUUUCAUCCAAGCGGUACAGUGGUGGCCAUCGGAACACACUCAGGCAGGUGGUUUGUUCUGGAUGCAGAAACAAGAGAUCUCGUGUCCAUCCACACUGAUGGGAAUGAGCAGCUCUCCGUGAUGCGCUACUCAGUAGAUGGUACUCUCCUGGCUGUAGGAUCUCAUGACAACUUCAUUUACCUCUACACAGUCUCAGAAAAUGCAAGAAAAUACAGCAGAUAUGGAAAAUGCACUGGACAUUCUAGCUACAUUACACACCUUGACUGGUCCCCAGACAAUAAGCAUAUAAUGUCUAACUCGGGCGACUACGAGAUACUGUACUGGGACAUUGAGAAUGGCUGCAAACUGAUCAGGAACCGGUCAGAUUGUAAGGACAUUGACUGGACGACGUACACCUGUGUGCUGGGCUUCCAAGUCUUUGGUGUCUGGCCAGAAGGAUCCGAUGGGACGGACAUCAACGCACUGGUGCGGUCCCACAAUCGAAGGGUGAUAGCUGUGGCCGAUGAUUUCUGUAAAGUUCAUCUGUUUCAGUAUCCCUGCUCCAAGGCAAAGGCUCCCAGUCACAAGUACAGUGCGCACAGCAGCCACGUGACCAACGUCAGUUUUACUCAUAAUGACAGUCACCUAAUUUCAACUGGUGGGAAAGAUAUGAGCAUCAUUCAGUGGAAGCUUGUGGAAAAGUUGUCUUUACCUCAGAAUGAAGUCAUCCCCGACAGCAGUCUAACCAAAGCCCCUGCCUCCUGUACUGACAAUGCCAGGCAGUGUCACCUUCCUUCCCAGCCGUUGACUGAGACCGUCGUCAUCGAGGAAGAGAGCGGAAUCGGCAGCUCGCCCACGCUUGUGGAGAACAGCCUGGAGCAGAGUGAGGGGGGCAGCGAAGACCUUGGUGCUGCCGUGAUGGAUGAAGAGCCUGCCAGUGAGUUGGGCGAGAAGCAGGGAGCAACCGACCUGCCUGAGGACCAGCAAGGCACACCACCCCUCUGCUAAAA